UAGCCAAACAAACCAUUCCCUAUUUCUCUCUCUCUCUCUCUCUAUAUUCACUCUCGAUCUCAACAAUCAAUCGUUGAAAUGGCUCGUACUAAGCAGACCGCCCGCAAAUCCACCGGAGGGAAGGCUCCACGGAAGCAGCUUGCCACCAAGGCCGCCAGGAAGUCUGCUCCGGCGACCGGCGGAGUGAAGAAGCCCCACCGUUUCCGGCCGGGGACGGUGGCCCUGAGGGAAAUCAGGAAAUACCAGAAAUCAACUGAGCUUCUGAUCCGAAAGCUUCCAUUCCAGAGGCUGGUGAGGGAAAUCGCUCAGGAUUUCAAGACCGAUCUCAGAUUCCAGAGUGGCGCUGUUGCGGCGCUUCAAGAGGCGGCUGAGGCUUACCUUGUUGGAUUGUUCGAGGACACCAAUCUGUGUGCUAUUCACGCUAAGAGGGUCACCAUUAUGCCCAAGGACAUGCAGCUCGCUAGGAGGAUUCGUGGGGAGAGGGCUUAAGAUUUAAGAUUGGUUAUUCAAUUGUUGUUAAUGUGCUCUCACGUAUCGCCCGCUUUUUUAUUUCUUAAAUUAGAUCUAUUGCCCAGUGAAGUGUGGUGUAAAUCUUAGAGUUUAUCGGUAAGAAAUUGAUGUAAACCUUUGAUGCAGUAGUAGUAUUGAUGUUUAUCAAUCUCAACUCAUUGUCUUAA